AUGGCAAUCACAAUUCAUUUGGAAAUGGAGGUCUCUUUAGUAGGACCACUUCAAUUGUUCCUAGUAACUGUAGGUAAAGAUAAAUUAAGCAUCAGAUUUUUUUAUAACCCAGGUUCUGACUUUCUCAUUUCACACCUUUUGCUCAUACAAUCAAUGUCAAUUAUUUCAGAACAAAGUACAUAAUGAUACUAUUGUUCUGAAAAGCAAUCUAAUCCAUUAACUAACUGGCUGUUGGCCUUGGCAAGGCUAGAUAAAUAAUAUUCUAUCAUGCAAAAUCUAUCGCCUACCAGCCAUUUCGAUUGAAACUGAUUCAGUUGAGAUGUAAAUAGUUUAACGUACAACAAGGAAUAUUCACACCAUAUUUUUUCUUUGGUCAGAAACUAAGUUUACAUUAAGUCAGAUAAAAAAUGCAGUUCAGCUGCUGGAAUAUGUAUCAAAACGAUCCUUUUUUUCUUAAUUUGUAUAUUUUUAUUGUUAUAAACAUCGUUGUCUUGGCAGCUUGUAAAGGAAAUCUUGGAACAACACAACCUAUAUCAAGAAAACGAGACAAAUUCUGAGGCGGACAAUGACGAUGUUGAGGCGGAGGUUGAAGACAAUGCUGAGGUUGAGGAAGCAGAAGUACAUGAUCUAGACACUGGCAAUAGAAUACAAGUAGAUAUAGCAAUGCAGGCAGCUGAUGAACAGAAGGUGGAUGAGCAACAAAAAACUGAGAAGACUAGUGAACCGCUGCAGGGAAGUGGGGCAUCUGGGAUGUCGGCAUUAAUGGAGGAACUAAAGGAGGAUAUUCAAGGGAUGAAUGCACUG